UUUAACAUCAUCAAAGUUGAGGGGCAUAAUCCAUCUAAGGGCUUCUCUGCUGAUUGCACAAACACGCGAAGACACCAGUAAAUGGCAGUUAAUAAUAUUUUGAAAUAAUAAAUUUAAUUUCUAAUUUCACAAGUCUCAUCUUUCUCUCUCGACUCUCUCUCUCUUGCUAUCGCUCCUUUCAAUUUCUUAUCACCAAAACCAUCACCAUUGUUGUCAAGUUCUCCUCGGCAUGGUGAAAGAACAAUUAAGGAAGUAACAAGAAAGAAUCACAAUUCUCGUCGGAUGUUGACACCUGGAGCCUCAAGAAAGAAAAAAGAGAGAGAAGCUUUCUACUCUUUCAAACCCUCGACUCAUCCUCUCUCUGUUUCGGCUUCGGCUCAGGCUCAGGCCGCAGCUAAGAGGCAGCAACCAGUAUCAAAGCCGGAGGAGCCGGCCUCAUCGAACCGGCUCUUAGCCGGAUAUAUGGCUUACGAGUUUUUGACUAAGGGGACGCUGUUCGGUCAGAAGUUCGAUCCGGCUAGAGCGGAGGCGGUUCCUGUGGGAGGCGGCGCAGCGGAGUGGAAGAGUCAGAAGGCAGGAGGAGGAAAAGAGGGGAGUUUGAAGAAGGAGCACCAGAGUUACGCUGAGGUUGCGAGCAUUUUGAAGAGCGAUGGGGCCCACAUUCCGGAUGUCGUCAACCCGACCCAACUGGCUCGGUGGAUUCAGAUGUAACUAAAUUGUGUACGUAUCGACGUAGGGAAACAAUUGGAUGAGACUGUAGACGUGGCGUCUUCUUAUUGGUUGAUGCGUUUUAGUUAUUUUUUAAAAUUUUUUGUUAAAAAGAAAAAAGUCCAGGUAGAUCCUCUGUGGUGGAGCUAGUGGUUAUUAAAAAGAAAAAGUUGAUGAUGAAAAUGUGAAAAUGAAUUAGAUGAUAUAAAUGUUUCUGAUCAGUCAGUCACUCUAUUUUUGUUUGUAUGUUUUGUUUUCUUUUUUGUCAUUAAUUUUUAUGAAGAAUGAUUUAUGCUUAAAAGUUAAAAGUAUUAAUGUGAUUGUUUCAGUUAUA